AUGGCGCUGCGUCGGGGACUCAUUGCGGCGCCCACCAUGCCGGGCUGCCCGUGCGUCCCGCUGCUGUGCGCGCUGCUGUGCGCGCUGCCCUGGCUCCUGCAGGCUGCGGAGCCCCCCGCGCGGUCCCCAGCGCCGCGCCGCACUCCCCAAGACCCCGCCAGGGGCGCGGAUUUCGAUCGGGUCUACAGCGGGGUGGUGAACCUCAGCACCGAGAACAUCUACUCCUUCAACUACACCAGCCAGCCUGGCCAGGUGACCGCCGUACGGGUGCAUGUGAACAGUUCCUCGGAGAACCUUGCCUACCCAGUCCUAGUUGUGGUUCGCCAGCAGAAAGAGGUGCUGUCCUGGCAGGUUCCUUUGCUCUUCCAAGGACUAUACCAGAGGAGCUACAACUACCAGGAAGUUAGCCGCACCUUAUGUCCCUCCACAGCAACGAACAAAACAGGACCUUUGCAGCAACUGAUCUUUGUAGAUGUUGCAUCCAUGGCACCACUUGGUGCCCAUUACAAACUGCUGGUCACCAAGAUCAAGCACUUCCAGCUCCAGACAAAUAAUGCCUUUCACUUCACUGCCAGCCCCUCUCAACCUCAGUAUUUUCUAUACAAAUUCCCCAAAGAAGUGGACUCAGUUAUCAUUAAAGUGGUGUCUGAAAUGGCUUAUCCAUGUUCUGUUGUCUCAGUCCAGAGCAUCAUGUGCCCUGUGUAUGAUCUUGACCACAACGUGGAGUUUAAUGGUGUCUAUCAGUCUAUGACCAAGAAAGCUGCCAUCACGCUGCAGAAGAAGGAUUUUCCAGACGAGCAGUUCUUCGUGGUAUUUGUGAUCAAACCUGAAGAUUAUGCCUGCGGAGGAUCAUUCUUCAUCCAGGAAAAUGAGAACCAGACAUGGAAUCUACAACGAACCAAGAACUUAAAGGUGACCAUCAUUCCUUCUGUUGAAGGAUCCGUGUAUGUGAAAUCCAGCCUUUUCAGUGUCUUCAUCUUCUUGUCCUUCUACCUGGGAUGCCUGCUUGUUGUGUUCAUUCAUUAUGUGAGGUUUCAGAGAAAAUCCAUUGAUGGAAGCUUUGGUUCCAAUGACGGCUCUGGAAAUAUGGUGUCACAUCCCAUCUCUGCCAGCACACCUGAAGGAAGCAAUUAUGGGGCCAUAGAUGAGUCAAACUCUAGUCCUGGGAGGCAGGUGUCCUCGUCUGAGGGUGGGCAGCCAUGCCAGUCAGACACGGACAGUUCCGUGGAGGAGAGUGACUUCGACACCAUGCCAGACAUCGAGAAUGACAAAAACAUCAUCCGUACCAAGAUGUUCCUGUACCUGUCAGAUCUGUCCAGAAAGGACAGGAGAAUCGUCAGCAAAAAAUAUAAGAUUUAUUUUUGGAACAUCAUCACCAUUGCUGUGUUUUAUGCACUGCCUGUGAUCCAGUUAGUCAUCACCUACCAGACAGUGGUAAAUGUCACAGGCAACCAGGACAUCUGUUACUACAACUUCCUCUGUGCUCACCCCUUGGGCGUCCUGAGUGCCUUCAACAAUAUUCUCAGCAACCUGGGCCAUGUGCUUCUGGGAUUUCUCUUCCUGCUGAUAGUCUUGCGCCGGGACAUUCUCCAUAGAAGAUCCCUAGAAGCUAAGGACAUCUUUGCUAUGGAGUAUGGGAUUCCCAAACACUUUGGUCUCUUCUAUGCUAUGGGCAUCGCCCUGAUGAUGGAAGGAGUGCUCAGUGCUUGUUACCAUGUCUGCCCUAAUUACUCCAAUUUCCAAUUUGACACCUCCUUCAUGUACAUGAUCGCAGGCCUCUGCAUGUUGAAGCUCUAUCAGACUCGCCACCCGGAUAUCAAUGCCAGUGCCUACUCUGCCUACGCCUCCUUCGCUGUGGUCAUCACACUCACCGUCCUUGGCGUGGUGUUUGGAAAAAAUGACGUGUGGUUCUGGGUCAUUUUCUCUGCCAUCCAUAUUCUGGCCUCCCUGGCCCUCAGCUCCCAGAUCUACUACAUGGGUCGUUUCAAGAUAGAUGUGUCUGACACAGAUUUGGGGAUUUUCCGACGGGCUGCUAUGGUGUUCUACACAGACUGUGUCCAGCAGUGUAGUCGGCCUCUGUACAUGGGUCAAGAUAAAGAUUUUCUAAAACUGGCCUGGAACCACUACACUGGACUUGGAAGUGGGCUUCUAAAACUGCUUUUUAAAAGCAGUGAAAAAUCCAACCUUGUUACAAAUCCAUCUUCUCUCUCCUACAAUCUCCUUCCCUCCUCCUAUGUCCUCAGUGCUCUCUUUGGACUGAUCUACCGGCCCAGGGACUUUGCAUCCUACAUGCUGGGUAUCUUCAUCUGCAACCUGCUGCUGUACCUGGCCUUCUACAUCAUCAUGAAGCUUCGCAGCUCUGAGAAGGUUCUUCCUGUGCCACUCUUCUGCAUCGUGGCCACUGCGGUGGUGUGGGCUGCUGCCCUGUAUUUCUUCUUCCAGAAUCUGAGCAGCUGGGAGGGAACCCCAGCUGAGUCUCGGGAGAAGAAUCGCGAGUGCAUCCUGCUGGACUUCUUCGAUGACCACGACAUCUGGCACUUCCUCUCCGCCACUGCCCUGUUUUUCUCAUUUUUGGUUUUGUUGACUCUGGAUGACGACCUGGAUGUGGUUCGCAGAGACCAGAUCCCUGUGUUCUGA